UUCCCGCUUCACCUCCCUCCCGCCAAACUAAACCCUCGUCUACAUCUUCUCCUACACUACACUAGAUUUCGAGAUAGAGCAGAAGCAGCAACAGAAAUGGAGACCUCCAUAUCUCGAUCAUUUUUCCAAGACUUGAAGCUAAGAGAAGUCAAUGGAUUCCGAGUAAAAAAGCGGCCUUAUACGGGCAACGAUUCGCGAGGUUUUGACCCAAUCGGAGCUGUAGCGAUCGAGCACGGCUCUGAGCCUUCGCCUCCAAUGGCUCUGUCUUUCUGCAAGACCAGCAGAAAUGCCCAUAUUCUUGCCCUCGCGGAUGAAGCGGGGUAUGUCACAUUGACUGAUACGAGGAAGAAAUUAUUGGAUAAUGCUUCAUACCAAGAAAAUGCAGAGAAAGCUAAGGUGACUGAGUGGAUAGCUCACGAAAAUGCCGUAUUUGAUAUAUGCUGGAUCAAGGAUGACGCAAAUAUGUUAACUGCUUCAGGAGAUCAAAGUAUUAAGAUUUGGGAUACACAAGAACGCAAGUGCAUAAGAGCAUUGAUGGGACACACUGGAAGUAUUAAAUCAAUCAGCUGCCACCCUAGUAAUCAGGAGUUAGUUGUCUCUGGUUCAAGAGAUGGAUCAUUUGUUGUAUGGGAUACCAGAUGCUCCAAAAGUGUCCACAAGUCGUGUGUACAGCCUUUAUCUAUAGUACAUGAAGCACAUACUUCUUCAGGUCGAAGACGUUGCAGGCGUGGAAAGGCUGAAUCCAUGAGCAUCACAUCAGUGCUUUAUCUCAAAGAUGAAGUUUCUAUUGCGACUGCUGGAGCAGUUGACAGUAUUAUUAAGUUCUGGGACACACGGCAUCUCAAAGGUCCAGUUACUCAAGCAUAUCCUAACUCAGAAUCAUCAACUGAGGAAAAGAGAUUGCAUGGCAUAUCUAGUCUGUCUCAAGAUUUGAAUGGCAUGUUUGUCACUGCCUCAUGCAUGGAUCACAGGAUAUACCUGUAUAAUGUGCUUCAGCUUGAGAAGGGGCCAAUAAAAACUUUUUCUGGAGGCCGAACUGAGUCAUUCUUUGUGAAGUCGGCAAUCAGCCCUGAUGCAGCUCAUGUACUCAGCGGUUCUAGUGAUGGGAAUGCCUACAUAUGGCAGGUGGACAAACCCCAGAUGGAUCCUAUCAUUUUGAAAAGCCAUGAUGGAGAAGUCACAGCAGUAAAUUGGUGUCCAUCAGAGAUGGGGAAAGUGGCAACUUGCUCAGAUGAUUUCACAGUUCGCCUUUGGAACAUCCAAAGCAGUUGCUAUUCAAACAUGAGAUCUCCUUCAUCACUAAGAAAGAGAGUGAGGGCUCUACCAAGAAUGGAGAGGCGAAAACUGUUCUUGGAUGAGCCAAUGCCAUCAAGCUCAAAAAGCAAUGAAGAAAGCAGUGUUUCUAAUGUAGUAUGUGAUGCCAACUCCCAUACUCCCAUAACAAUGCCAGAAGUGAGCACACCGGAAUCCCAUAAGAAAAAGCUGUCGUUGAGUUUUGAAGGGAAACAGGAUUUAGUGAGAACUCCAGAAGCUGAAAGCAGAAGCCCUUCUUCUGUUCUAAACCCUCCUUCCUCAUUGAAAAGGAAGACUAUCCGAGACUAUUUUCCAGUUCCCGAUAACAAAGUCUCUACUGUUCAGUAGUGACUAUGGGGCAUGUACAGUUGUUUAAUAUACAUGUAUAUGUCAAGCAGGGAUCACAUCCAACUUGUAUUCUUAGAGAGAUCCUCUUUUCAAUUCUGUUACUAAAGAAAUUCAACUCAAACUGAUUCUUUUUGGAUUUUGAAAUCUUUGCAUGCUGCUAGUACUUACAUUUUGAAGAAUUAA